UAUGACUAUACGCAAAUGCGCUGUCCGCGACGCGCUGUGCGGAUUUGUAGUUUCUGUCACCCCGCGCUGUCGCUGACGCGGACGCGAUGCUCGCGCUUAGAAAACUACAGUUGCCCACAAUGCUUUGCGCGCCGAUGAAAACACGUCAACGAGCCAGUGAACGUUGAGCGGAGCGGACCAAAAAUCCCAAACAAGGAAAUGGUGGGGGGAAAAAAAAAAUAACAACGAUCCGAUUAUUUAAUUAAUGCGUGUUAUAAUUAAUAUUUUAUUGGAUUGUCAAUUAAGGGAAUAUUUAUGGGUUAGACAAAAAAAUGGAUUACGACUUCAAAACGAAGCUGGCCGCCGAAAGAGAGAGAGUGGAAGAUCUGUUCGAAUAUGAAGGUUGCAAAGUGGGUCGCGGCACCUACGGGCAUGUUUAUAAAGCCAAGCGCAAAGAUGGGAAGGACGAGAAGGAGUACGCUCUCAAACAGAUCGAAGGCACCGGGAUCUCCAUGUCCGCUUGCCGAGAGAUCGCGUUGCUGAGGGAGCUGAAGCACCCAAAUGUCAUCGCACUACAGAAAGUGUUUUUGUCACACAGCGAUCGGAAAGUGUGGCUCCUUUUCGACUACGCAGAGCAUGAUCUGUGGCACAUCAUAAAGUUCCACCGGGCGUCGAAGGCCAAUAAGAAGCCGAUGCAGCUGCCAAGAGGAAUGGUGAAGUCUCUGCUCUACCAGAUCCUAGACGGCAUCCACUACCUCCAUGCCAAUUGGGUCCUACACCGAGACCUGAAACCUGCCAAUAUCCUGGUGAUGGGGGAGGGUCCUGAACGGGGGAGGGUCAAAAUCGCGGACAUGGGUUUUGCUCGACUCUUCAAUUCUCCUCUGAAGCCUUUGGCUGAUCUGGAUCCAGUCGUGGUUACAUUCUGGUACCGAGCACCUGAGCUGCUUCUGGGAGCUCGACACUAUACCAAAGCAAUCGAUAUCUGGGCUAUCGGCUGCAUCUUCGCGGAGCUGCUCACGUCAGAGCCGAUAUUCCACUGCCGUCAGGAGGACAUCAAAACCAGCAACCCGUUCCACCACGACCAGCUGGACCGCAUCUUCAGCGUCAUGGGCUUCCCUGCAGACAAAGACUGGGAAGACAUCCGGAAGAUGCCAGAAUAUCCGACCCUGCAGAAAGACUUCAGAAGAACAACGUACGCCAACAGCAGCCUCAUCAAAUACAUGGAGAAGCAUAAAGUAAAACCGGACAGCAAAGUCUUUUUGUUGCUCCAGAAACUUCUUACCAUGGACCCCACCAAAAGGAUUACGUCUGAACAGGCACUGCAAGACCCCUAUUUCCUGGAAGACCCCUUACCAACAUCAGAUGUAUUUGCAGGAUGCCAAAUCCCAUACCCCAAACGCGAGUUCCUCAAUGAGGAUGAACCUGAGGAGAAGACGGAGAAGAACCAGACGCAACAGCACCAGCAGACGCAGGCGCAGACACAAACGCAGGCGCAGCAGGCUCCGUCUCAGCAGAGCUCGGCUCAGACCAACGGCACGUCGGGGGGGACCACGGGACCCUCCAUGCAGCACGCAGGCCAGGAGCAGGGGCCCCCCAACAAGAAGAGCCGCACCACCGGGGCCAACGUGCUCCAGACAGACUACCAGCACUCCAGCUCACGCCUUGGUUACCAAAGCAACGUCCAAGGCACAACACAGUCUCAAAGCACUAUGGGAUAUUCGUCCACAUCUCAGCAAAGCUCCCAGUACUCUCAUCAGUCUCACCGCUACUGAGGCGUGGAAACAUUGACGGCUCGCGCUAAUCCGUGAACACAAACGCAGGUUUUGCUGCCAUUCCUUAUAAACUUGUGGAGACUUCCUUCUACCUGCCUUCCCACCUGUUCCACUUCCUUCUUAUUCUCAGUUCCUUUACACUUAUACGCUUUCAGCUUGAGAUGUGUAUGCUAUUCUUACUAGCGUUGCCAAUACCAGCAGAUAAGAUGUCGUUUCUGAAGCAGCACCUUCCAUGCUCAACUACACAUCCCAGGAGCCUUGGAGCGCAGAUGAACCCUAUGAUGAGAAUCAACACCAGCGUCCUAACCCUCGGUUAAAACCAAUACUCAGAAAUAUAUUUCAUAUAUUUGCAUUUAUUUAUCUGGCGCAGGCUUUUAUCCAAAGUGACUUCCCGCUGAGGCAGGAUGCAAUCCAAGCAUUCAGCUGAGCAGUUGAGGGUGAAGGACCUUUCUCAAGGGCCUGACAGUGGCACUUUGGCAGUCCUGGGAUUCAAACCGACAACCUUACGAGCAUUACUUCAGAACCUUAACAACAGAGCCACAAUACCAGUUCCUAACACCCCACAGUGUCCAUAUGGAUCCGGUUCUCAUGAAAACCUUCAGUGUCCACACAAAAACAGUUAUUUAAAUCUUCAGCGUAAAUAUAUGACUCUGAAGCAUACAAAAUGAGUUGUAACAAAACCAUAGUGUCAUUAUGGGUCCAGUGCAGUGAAUACAUAUGGACUCAACUGUCAAUGCAUGAUGUUUUUAUGUAAAUCAAGUCCCUAAAAUCCAUCAAACCCUACAGUGUCCAUUUAGUGUCAGUCAUCUGAACCAUGAGAACUCCCUCAAGAACCAGAACCAGUCCACAGACUCCUUGGUUUCCCCCCAGAACAAGCCCCCAGACCCCUUGGUUUCCAUCCAUAACCAAUCCUCAGAAUUCUUGGUGUCAUCAAGGGUGCACUCUUCAGUUUCUAUCAAGAAUCAGACCGCAAGCCUCUUGGUGUCCACCCAGAAACAGUCCUCAGAACCCUUAAUGUCCUUAUGGGUCUACCCUUGGGUUUCCCUCCAGAACCACUCCCCAAGCCCCUGGGCUUCCCUCCAGAACCAGUCCCCAGAUCCCCCAGUUUCCAUCUAGAACUAGUCCUCAGAACGCUUAGUGUCCAACCAGAACCAUCCCACGGAUUCCUCAGUUUCCUUCCAGAACCAGUCCUCAGACCCCUUGGUUGGCAUCCAGAACCAGUCUUCAGAAAACUGAGUGUCAUUAUGGGUCCACCCUUUGGCUUUCAUCAAGAACCAUUCCCCAGACCCCUCGGCUGCCAUCUAGAUCCAGUCAUCAAAACCCUCAGUGUCCUUACAAAGCCAUCGCUAAUAAAAUGGUUCUAAAAAUCCUUGGAGCCAGUGUGCCGCACCAUGUAGUCCCAGAAUCUGCAGUAUUCAUACAGCACCAAUGAUCCAAACUCUGCAGUUUCUAUUUAGAGACACUACUGUCCAAAUUGGAAUUCUUCGAACCUUUAUUUUUUAUGUAGAACAUUUAGUUUCCAUCUACAGGCAGUCCCAAACCCUUCAGUAUCUCUACUGAACCAGUCUUCAAAACUGUCAGUGUUCCUGUUGAUUCUCAGAACCUUCCGUAUCCAUACCUAACCAGUCUGCAAAACCAUCUUAGUAGAGAAUAAGUCCUCUGAACUUGCAGUUUCCAAUCCACUAACCCACAAAACCUGCUUCAAUUCCAGUCCUACACACUUUUCUUUUCUGCCUGUAACCUGCCCUCUGGGACAAUGUCAGGGCCUAAACAGAACCUGCCAUUAGGACCCACAGUGUCCGUACAGAACCAGCCAGAACCUAGAAUCAUUGUGGAAGCAUCUAAUUCUGCUCUGGUCCAACUACCGGCUACACACCUGCAAUAUGGAGGCUAAUACAAACCAAAUAUCCCUUCCCUCCUCUAUCUGUCUGUCACUCUGUCUGUCUUUAACACUUUCUAUUUUUCUCUUCCCGCCCACCCUUUGCAUAUAUAACACCACGUGCACACUAUAGACACAGAAGAACAAAGAACUUUGACGAUAGAAGACUGGCGGCUGGCCCUUAUCGGAGCCGUGAUUUGUCUUCACGCAUGUGCAGAGCGCCUUUACGACUUUUCAGCUACAGACCUGGAGGCUUUGCCCUUCCAAAUUUUUGUCCUUUUGUAAAUAUUUAAUUCUGAUAUCUGAACACCACAGAGGAAACCCUUUACUUUGUCUUUUGACGAUACUCAUUUCAUUCACGACAAUGAACGGCAAAUAUCAAUGACAGCUGGGUUUGUCAGGAAAAUGAAGCAAAACGAAAGGAGAAAAUUCCUUUUUAUUGUUCGACGAAUACAUUUGAAUUAUUUUUUUUGGCCAUGAGAUAUAAUCACGUGUAUUAACCCUGUAUGUAUGAGAGAAACUGUGUGUACGUAUGUGUGUCUAUGUUUUUGUUACAAUGUCUGAGGCAGCUCCAGUGACUGUUACCUCCUGUUUGAUAUUUUACAAUUUUGGAUUUUUGCUAUUUUUAUUGUUGGUUUUGAAGUUUGCUUAGAUUUGUUUGUUCCUCACCACUCCAUGUGUAGACUCGCAUUUGAGGCGGCGCUAUAAAAAUAACAAAACAAAAAAACAAACAAACAAAAAAAAAAAACACUCCAAGUCCUUCAAGCUGGGGGAAAGGGGAGCUAAAAUUUUCCCUUUAACGCUAUUCCAGGCUCUGUUUCCCCUGUUUGCCAAAUCCUGACCUCAGCCAGGGUAAGACUAAGCAUGGUCUCGAGUUGAGAAGAAACAGGCCAGACCUGAUAAGUGCACUGAAAAUGUUGGAAACACUGACAUCUACUGGGGGUUGAGAGAACUGCAUGACUCUCAGAGCUGUCAACAAUGUGGCACUUCUGCACUCUGUACUAAUGGACAUGGGGUUGUGAAGUAGACUCGGGAGGCACUGGCGCAUGUAGCUGACCUGAGACCUGCUAAAGACUGAACAAUGCGCAUCAGUUGAGCAUAAGGCACUGAUCUCCCUUCAGGUUGAUUCCAGAUACACUGACCUGAGAGGAUACGUUCAUUUCAACUAUUGUGAGUUUACAGCCGUGAUAUUUAAAUGAGAACUUCACUCAAAUAUGCUAACAACCACACAUUAUUAGUGGGCACACAUUAUUACCAAAGCCAACUGUAUAAUCUUAAAAAAAAGGGUUGUUUAAAGUUCUUUAAGGGUUCUUCCAAAUUAAAAAAAAAACAAAAAAACAGUUGUACUUUCCCUAGAGAGACAACCAAAAAACCCUUACGCUUUCAAAAUCUUAGACUGCAUACUUGAAACACAUGAAAAUGAAUCACCACUAAACACAGUGGUAAACAUACUUUUUGAAGAAAAUGGUUCUUCAGUAGUUGUUCCAAAAAAUUGGAACCCUUUCUGUAGGGAAAAACUGUUUUGUUGUGGGUUCCUGCAGUGGGACAACUGAAGAACCCACGAGGGUUCAAAACCUAUAGGAAUGUAUACUUCGAACAAGUGAAAAAGAACCACUGCCAAACACAGUUUUAAAGACACUCUUAGGGAAAAAAAAAGUUCUUCAAAGGUUCUUACAAAAAAUGGGGCCUAACUGGAACCCUUUCUUAUCAGGAUAUACUCCAAGAAUGGAUUUUUUUAAGGUUCCCCCAGAGGCAUAACCAAAGAACCCUUAAGGGUUCAAGUUUUCUAAGAGUACAUAUUUCAAUCAAAUGAAAAAGAACCACUGCUAAACAGCUGUAAGAACACGCUUAGAAAAAAAUGUCCUUCAAGGCUUACAAAAAAAGGUUCAUCUUCAAGAGAAAAAAUGAUAAGUGUUCCCCCAGAUGGACAACCGAAGAAUCAAACCAAAGAAUUUACUAACAGUGUAUAUUUCAAACAAACGAAGGAAAAAAAAAAACAUCACCAAACAUUUGUAGGAAUGUGCUUAGAAAAACAGGUCUUUCAAGGAUUCUUAAAAAAAUGGUUCUGUAAUUUACUAUGCUGUUGUAAAGUUCAUUAUCCGUACGGGUUCCCCCAAAGGGACACCUGAAGGACCCUUAAAAGGUUCUAAAUCUUCUAAGAUUGUAUCCUUUCAGCAACAGAGCCACUGCUAAACACUCUUAGAAAAAAAAAUGGUUCUUCAAGAGUUCUUCUGUUAAGUCUUAUUCGCUUUCUAAAAGGGUUCAGCUUCCUUUUGUAAUAGGAAAACACCUUGUUCUAUGGUUCUUCCUAGAACCUUUACUUUUGUAAGAAACAUAUCAAAGAACUCGUGAUAUUUGGACCAAUCAGAGACAGCGGGUGUGUCUUUGAGCUCUGUUAGGAAACUCGCGCACACCACAAAACAAGAACUCAAACUACACUGGUUUAUAUUUAUAUAAAAUAUAUUUAAUUUGACACACACAGGCGGCUCAGCUAGUUCAUUUGUUAAUAUAUGUGUUAGCAUAUUUUGAGUGAAAUGUUUCUUAACGCUGUCACUAACGCUGUCAUUAGUCAUUAACGCUGGUUAAUGACUUGCUCUGGAAUGACUGUAAUGUUACUUUCCUGUCAAAGGUAAUUAUACAUACGUAAAAAAUGCAGUGCUGAUAGAAUUCACGUAAAGUCUAGACAAUAGACAUUCACUUUGCAUGUUUCCAGAGCUUGUACACGCAACUCGUAGAACUCGUUUCGGCUCCGCCCCCUCAGUUCUCUGGAGGCAUCCACUUGGCUCCGCCCCACAAAACGUUACAAUAGUGAUUUUUAAGUCAAAACUCUUGAGUUGCGUUUGUCUUUUUAAAGCAGUGUUUUAUAGAUUUAGCACGAACUCUGUAAGUGCAUGAAUUGCAACUGAAAAACCCAGUAUGUGUAAACGUGUAAAGAUGGAAAGAUUCGUAGCUGUGAUAUGGGAACUCCACUCGGGAAACGUGGAGUGCAGUUACAGUUGCACAGUUAUGAUUCUGGUUAUAAAUGUGUGAUUCGUAAAAAUACCAAUUUCAUUAUAAUCUUUAAUCUUUACAUACAAUUACUUUUGACAGGAAAAUAACUUCAAAUACCACAUGCUAGAUGCUCCCGUUUUUUUGUUUUUUUUUCCUCUGAGGCUUUUUUGUUUCAGAUCACACCAAAAAAAAAACAAAAAAAAAACAAAAAGCAUUGACCAGCAGUCCUACCCAACCCCUGACCUUCCUCUCUACAGCGCGCUUUCUUCUCUUCCUCCUGUGACGCAGACACAUUGUGUGUAGAGCGCAAGUUUAGCGUCUCUUUCUGUAAAAUUAAAGCGAGGUGAUUGGUGUAGUCGUCCUGUCGCCGUGUCUUCUCCGUGUGGGACACUAAACCUUCACACUUUUCCUAUGCAAACAAAACGAAAACAAAACGAAACAAAUAAACCGUACCUGGAAAGCUUCCGCUUGUGCAGGAGCCUCAAAUUCAAACCACAGCAGCAGCGAAUAUCAUGAUAUUUCUUACUAUCGAAUUUUUUUUUUUUUUUUUUUUUUUAAACAAAACGGGAUUUGUAAUCUAAACUGCAAACUGAAAAUUCUGACAUGAAGUCAUUGAGGUUUCUUUUGUACUGUAUGCUGUAUUGUUAUAACAUAUUAAGAUCGAUUGUAAAAAUGGCAUGUAUAUUAAUUCUACACAACCGUAUUUAUUAUUGUCACACGUGUAUAUACGUAUACAUAUAUAUAUAUAAUCAAUGUUUAGAUACGUCUCAGGCCUGAAGCUGAGGUCAGAGGAGUCUCUUUUACUAAACGAGAUCAAUGUUUUCAGGUCCUUUGUAUAGGUCUUUACUUUCCUAACGUAGUCUGAAGGUAUAUCUGCUCGCCAUAAGCCUUUAUAUACGGAGUUGUACAUAGGCACUUAGUAGGCGUGGUGAUUAUUUAUGCACUGAACUCCAUUUCCCAGAAGGCACCAGUCCUCGUAGGUUGGGGUUUACGAAGCUGAAGGAGCUGCGUGAGUUUUUGUAGUUUUAAAGGGACUUUGUGCCUGUCGAGCUUAGAAGUGUUCACUAAUAAGUGUGCGAUUAUUUCUUUCAGCUAAAACAUUUCAGCGUGUUGACAGUGCCUUUUUUUUUUUAAAUAUCGAAGCUACGUUCCAGUACUGUUUUUAACAUGCCCUUGUUCACUUUCCCUAGGUCUGAUUUAAUAUUUUAAAUAUUACUAAAUUAUAUCUCCAUGUAUAUAUUAAUUAACACACAUCACUCCGUGUGCUUUUAUUGCAUAAUUAUUAUUAUUAUUAUUAUUAUUUUUUUUAAAAAAACAUAGGAAUCAUAAUUUUAGCAGAAAAGAAAUUUUUUUUUGGCAUAAAUUUUGUGUUUUGGAUUUAUUUCUUUUCUUUUUUCUAUCCACUGUAAUGUUUCCUUGUUGCUUGAUUUUACAUUUCAGGUUUUCCCCUCUUUUAAAAUCCACACAAAUCCACAAAUGGCUUCCUAUUCAUUAAUAUCACUUUUAUAAUGCACACUUAGCUUUUUUAUAUUUCUUUUGAAAAUUAAUAGCAAAAAAAAAUUCCAUUUCAUUUAGCUAAACGGUUUUAGCAAAUAUGCGUAUAGUCUUUAUACGUCUUUGACCUGCAUACAGAACCAUAUCAGCUGACUAUUAGAAAACAUGCUAAUUAGCUGGUGUUUAGCUAGCGUCAGGGUUGCUGUGCGGGUCUUGAAACUAUGGAAAUGGAUAUAAUUAAGAAAACAUUUAGGGAAAAGUUUGGAUAUUCUAUUGUCUGAGGUUUUUACAUUUUAGUCUUUUCAUUUUUUUCUGCGCCACUUUUACACACAGCACAUUGACUGAUUUAAUUUUUUAAAGAACUGUAUAUACACACACAUGUAUAUGGACAGGCAGUUGCAAGAACUCAUCACAUAACACGUAACAUCAGCUGUCUUUGAAUUUGAGCAUAAAUAUUGGUCUUGUUGACAUUCUUUUACUUUUAACUUGAAAUUUCUAAAGUGUACCGUCAUGUUGACUCAGUCCCUCAGUCUCAAAGAGCUGAUUAUAAAUUUCUCGUGAGCUAUUUAGAUAUUAGAGCUCUCAUUAUAGCGACAGGGAUUUAACUGAGAGGAAGUGGACAAGGUGUUGUUAAACAACAAUACUGGAAGAACUCGGGCUGUGUGUUUCAAUCUUGGCUAAAAUCGGCACACGGCGUUCAGAACACACUCUUUCCUUUUGCCUUUUUGGAGAUUUUUAUAUCGUCCUUUUUGUUUGUAUGAUUUUUUUUUUAAUUUUUGAUGUUAUGUUUUAUUCUGCACAUGCGUUUAAUAAUCUACGGAGCAGGACGCCUUUAGUAAAACUCUCAUUGUGUGGAAUUCUGAGAGGUUCGGUGUGUAGUCCUGCGAACAUUAACGUCUUUUUUUUAUUAUUAUUAUUAUUAUUAUUUCAUUUUAUUUUUAAAUGAUGUCCUGUUUUGUGUGAAUUUUAACUGUACAUAAGAACUCUUCACUGAAACAUAACUCUAUGAUAUUUGUCUUUUAAUGCACUGUUAUUGCUAAACUAUUUAGUGGUAAAUGAAAAAGUAUUUAAUGUUUUUUAUUGUCUUGUUUAGGCACUAAAGAGAUGGCAGUUAUAUAAAAGCUAGACAGUGCUCUUUUACAGAGUUCUUAUUGUAAAUGUGUAGAAAUAUAAAGCCUCUGAAUGUUGUAUGCAAAUAAGCGGGCGGAGCCUAUAGGCCUCAGCCAUGUCAGUCUGUGCCCUUUUUUACAAAUGAUGCAUGUAUUUGUCCUUUUUUUACAAUUUAUUUUAAAAAGCCACAGCACUUAAAAACAUCACGGUCAACACACUUGUGUCCCAACAAAGCACUCAAUAGUUCGGUUCUGUCCCAAUUCACAGCUCCGUCUACUUUUAAUCACACUGAUCUUCAGUUUAAACUCUUAUUUCACAGAAAUGAUACUUAUGCUCCUGUUACGUACUUAGAUACGUUUUUAACUUUAAGUCCACUGCUAACGCUAGAUGAUCUAUUUUGGUAUCUUCCUAAAUUCCUCCUAUUAUAAAAAAAACAUGCAAAAUUCCUCCAACAGAUGUGACCGUGGAGACUUACAGACCUAAGAAAAUGUUGCACUUGACUAAAAUGAAGUUGUACUUACAUAAUGAAGACUUCUUUGCAAUUUUGUUAGUAUAAUUGAGUUUAAUUUCAUUAAACUUGACCUUCACCUGAUUAUAUUGAAACUUAAUACUCGUUCUUUUACUCCUUUUCAUUUUUAUCCAAGCACUUACCACAAAUCUCAGCGAUCAUGGCACAAUUUUUUUAUUUUUUUUACCAGAAUCUAUGAAUUUAAUCAGUCACAUUUCUGUGGGUUUCAACUUUAUUAAUUAACCAUUUUAUCCAGUUAAAUCCAUUCGAAUUUGCAUUUAUAAUACACCACAACCAAUUAUACAUGCUUGAGGACAAUUUGUCUGUUAGUCUCAUCUGUUUUUUUCUACAAUAAAAUUACUUUUAAGGGGAAAACAUUUAACUUCAUGAAAUUUUAUUACAUUUCCAAACUGUAAUCAAAUUAAGUAAAGUAAGAAAAGUACGAAGGCUAAGCAAGUCCCUUAACUUUUGUAAAUUUUUUCGUACGCAUUGAACUGUGUGAUUGUUACAAAUUUGCCAAUGUGAGGCCAUGUUAAGGAAAAAAAACAUCGUAAGUACAUGUUUUUAUUUUUAGCUUUCAGUCAAGUAAAAUCAUGUUGCUACUUCGACAUUAAAUUAAGAUUUUAAGACUCCUACUUUUAUUUAAGUAGAAUUUUUCUCUCAUUUUUCAAUUCCUGAAACCGAACCGAAACUCUGAGAUUGUUUCCGAAUCUUACGACUUGAAGGGGUGUUCACAUGCAACUUUUAGGUUGGAAAUGUGCGUUUACAAUAAUUCCAACACCGCAUGAAGGCAGCAUUAAAGAAGCACUUCACCCAGAAAUUCUAAUGUAACUAAGAAUCUGUAAGACAUCAUGUGCGCCAGAUAGCUGAUUUUGUUCCUUACGUGAAUUUUUGAGACGUUACGUCUCUGUAGGUUGAGGGCACAUGGAAAGCGAGGAUGUGAAUGUUGGGACGGAACUGUUUCCUUUAAACACACUGAGGCACUGAUUUAGUAAGAUCCCGUAUACAGAUCCUGUGUGAAUUACGUCACUUGUGAAGAAGGACUUGCAUUUUUUUUUUUUUUUUUUUUAUACAUGCACUAUUUGUUUUUGAUAUCCGAUUUCUGAGAGCAUCUCGGACGAGUCAAACUGAAACUAAACCUAGCCACAUAAUUGUGCAGUCAAUAUGAUACUGAUAUGUAAAAAAUGUACAACAUACAAUUUUAAUGCAAAAUUCAAAAUGGUAUAUUUUUGUUCAUCAGGUAAAUGAGUAAAUGAAAACCUUUUCACAGGUUGGAAUUAUUUUAAAUCUUAAGUCUGCAUCGGAGGUGUGACCAUGACGUAAAUAUUCUAUAUGAAUAUUAAAUUAUUAAGACAUAAUUUUAGAAAACAUUUGAUCAAUAUGAGAUAGUUUGACAAAAUCUUGAUAAACCUUCUCAUUAUUAAAACCUGAAAAGGACUUCAGCAAAUUUAAUACCUGCUUUUCGUCCGUAGUAAUUUGCGCAUGCAAUAACCGUUCCCAAAGGAACGUUAAUAAAUCACUUCUUGAAUGCUGAAUUAAGCAAUUUGCAUUAACUCCGCUCUUCCCGAUUGCAUAUUCAUUAAAGCAAACACGUACACAAACCGUAAAAUCAGGGCCUGAGUGUGUCGUAACGUUAUAUUAACCAAGACAAUCCGCAUACACACCUGCAGGAAAUUUGGAAUCCUGACUGGAUGACUUGUCCUUGUGGACUAAUCUUAUUGGAUCUUACUAAAUUUAAAAAAAAAAAAAAAAAAGACACCAUGAAAAUGUUUAAAUUCAUGAUGCAUUUCAAUACAAGUCCAUUUUAACUGCUCCCUUGUUUUUGACUAAUAUAGUUAGGGGUGCUAAUAGAUAUGUGCACACAUGUUGUCUUGAUGCAGUUUUAUGCGUGUGUAAUUGUUGUGUAACCACACACACACACACACACACACACACACACACACACUGUUUUAACACAUCGACAGACACGUGCAUUUCGUUCUGAAGUAGCUAAGGCAAUAGCUCAGUGCAGGAAAAAUAAGAAAUUGGUUUGUACUCUGGCCGCUAGUAGCUUUGUCGUCCUUUAUUUCACUGUACAAAUGACUGUUAAAGGAGAAAAAUGUCAUGUAUAUUUAUUUUAUAUCUUCUAUUGUAAUAAAAAUCUCUUUUUGCUUCA